AUGCCUCCUAAGAAGGUUACUAGCGCGUCCAAGAAGGCGCCUCCUGCUCACACUUCCUACCGCGAUAUGAUCAAGGAUGCCAUUAUUAGCUUGAAAGAACGCAAUGGUAGCAGCCGUCAGGCUAUCAAGAAGUACGUUCAGGCCAAUAACAAGAUCAACGUCACUUCCCAGAGCGUCUUCGACUCUCAGUUCAACAAGGCUAUCAAGGCCGGUGUCGAGAAGAAUGAGUUCACUCAGCCCAAGGGCCCAUCUGGUCCCUUGAAGCUUGCGAAGAAGGAUGCCCCUGUCAAGGCCGCUCCUAAGCCUGCCGCUGCUAAGCCUGCCACUAAACCCUCUGCUAAGCCCGCUGCUAAGCCUGCUGCUGCCAAGCCCGCUGCCAAGAAGGCUGCUCCCAAGAAGGCUGCCCCAAAGACUGCCGCAAAGACUGCCGCCCCCAAGAAGACUGCGGCCAAGAAGGCCACCGCCACCAAGCCUAAGGCUAACUCUGGCAAGGCCCGCAAGACUGCUGUCACCGCUCCUGCUGUCGUUGAGCAGCCCAAGGUUCUGGGAAAGACCAAGUCUGGCCGUAUCACCAAGACUACUGCCCCGCAGCCAACAACAACCCGGGCAGCUCCCAAGAAGCGGACUGCCAAGAAAUAG